UUGUCCACCUUCCCGCACAUACUGACAACUGCUUCGAUCUCAUCUCCGAUAUGGCUCUACCCUCUACAAAAUGCUUGGACCACAUUGUGUAUCUUACACCUCCAGGAUCGGUAAAUGAGACUGCAGAAGAUUUUCGAAAGCUCGGUUUCCACGUACUCCCUGGCGGGCAACACGCUGAUGCUCUUACUGAAAACUCGCUUAUCAUCCUGAGUGAUAGCGUUUAUUUGGAGCUUAUUUCUUUCGUAAAUCCUGUGGAUGCAUAUCCUCCUGGGAGCCCAGCACGUUUGGCUCGCGAGAAUCAUCCGUGGGCAGUAAAGGCCCCAGGUUGGAUAGAUUAUGCAUUUCUCGGGAAUGGUUCAGAAACUGUCCGUAUUUCCGACGUUAUCAACAGCCGUGCCAAGGAAGGAGGCGACGAUGGCUUGUAUGGUCCUGAGAUGCCAGGUGGUCGGAAGCGCCCCGAUGGUCAAGAUCUGAAAUGGCUCAUAACUCCUCCACGACGCCCAGCUGAGGGAAUAGAACGAAGGCUCCCGCUCCCAUUUUUUUGCGGGGACGUGACGCCCCGUGACCUUAGGGUACCCAAUGAACCACCUGCAAUUUUCGAACAUCCAUGCACGGCUCUUGGGAUUGCUUAUGUACGAUUCGAGGUCCCCUCGGAAAGAUGGGACGGGCUAUCCCGAAGUCUCGACUAUAUCAUUGGGUAUUCCGGUGUCACCUCCGCCGAUGCUGAGCGUGAAUGGCCGCUAGACACUGUCAAAACACUUGGAGGACACAGCUGUCGUUUGCUACUUUCCGCGAGUGAAAAGGAUACUUCAGGGAUUACAGAAGUUGCAUUCUACGUGAAGAACAAGCCAUCACAAGAGACCAUCAGAACUCUUUACGCGCAAAUCCGCUUUGUGCAGGUUUAACGUUGUAUUAAUUCGGUCCCAUGACGUGAGAUAGGUGGGAUGGUAUCAUUGAACUGUUCAUUGAUAUAUCACUCAUUUUUAUCUUUCAUCUUCGCUUUGCUUCAAGAAUUGUACCUCUCCUUGUACAUAGUAUGAAUUUGAAUUGAGAAGUGUUUUACGUUCAUGACUCGAAGUC